AUGGCGCCUAAGAAGGGCUCUGCGUCCCGGAAAAAUCCACCUUCGAAAAAGGUGACCCAAACGGUCCCGGACAGUGAGCACAUUGUAUUCACCAACAGCCAGAAUGAGAAGAAGAAACGGGACGAAAGGGAGCCCGAAGGCCCACCACGGCCAGACCCUCGAAAGGUCAUAGGGGGUGCCUCUUGGACUGGCAAAUUGCCCAUGAACCUCUUGUCAGAGCAUUGUCAACGCCAGAAAUGGAAUAAGCCAGAAUAUCAGAGCCGCCAGGUGCCGACUGGCAGCAAUGGCGAAAAAUUGCAUCGGUGCUGGGUUGUGUUGUCUAAGUCAGAUCCGAAAACACGGGAAGUUACAAAACUGCCUGCGUUUCAACUCCCAUCAACCCACGCCCAUCUUGCAGACCAGCCAUCCGCUCUUGAGGCUCGCCACUUCGCGGCGGCUUAUGCUUUAUUUCGUCUAUGUAGCAUGAAGAACUUGGCGAUGGCACUUCCUCCCACCUAUCGUGAUCUCUGGAAGGGUGAAUUCCCGCGCCUCAAAGAGGACGACAUCAAGGAAGGCCGGGCGUGGAAGUACGAUGCCGAUCCAUUCGCGGCAGAAGCCAAAAGACAGGAAAUCAAGGCAGACAUAGAGAAACGGAGACAGGGACAGGCGACAAAACCACCAAAACUGGACUCCCUCAGCCUCGUAAGCCCAGGCUCAUCUAACCCGAACUUGAAGGGAUGGAACCAUGCACCAAAGAUUGAGCUGGGUGAGAGCGUCCGCUCACGGAUCGAAGCAAUGAUCAGGACACGAAGCAUUUGGAAUCCCAACAAUGUGAGGAUUUCGCAGGCAUCAAGAAGGUCGAUUGUUUCAGAUUUGAUGAAGUCUGGGUUUAAAGCCAGUCACAUCGAGGAAGCUCUGGACUACUGUGGAAGCCGAGAAGAGGUACUGGAGUGGCUCCUGACGCAUGUUCCUGAAGACUCCUUGCCCGCGUGGAGCUUUCCUCCAGGUUAUAGCGCUGGAGUCACCCUUGUCAGCAGCAACUUGGCAACGGAUGCGAAAAUCAAGCGCUUGGCAGAGGGUGGUUACUCGACUCAGCUCUGCGUUCAAGCAUUGCGCGACAACGAUGGGGAUGAGGGAUUAGCCCUAGAGGCGCUCCAGGCGCGACUUGUUCCUCCGCAGCCUGACAGCUGGGACACGACUAACACGGACGAGAACACUUGGGCUGAAGAAAUGACCACUUUGGAAGCCAUACUCGAUGAAAGAUUCUCACUGGACAAGCCCGAUCAAUGCUCGAUUAGAGCAGAUCCAAGCUCCAACGUUUCAGCGACCUUCCAAUUUCGAUGCCCGACGUCUGGCUAUCCAAACUCGUCUCCGCCAAUCAUUCUGAUCAAAGCUCCCACGUUGCCAAGUUAUGUUCGUCUCAGCAUCACAAAGAGGGCAACAAUCUACGCUCAGGAGAAUCUCCUAGGUGAUCAGAUGAUAUUCAGUCUACUGGAAUGGCUUGAGACUUCAAUACCAAGCAUUGUCGCCAAUCCGGGCCGGCUGAGUGAUUUAGAAAUCGUCUCUUCUUCACUGAAAGCUCGAUCUGAUAUCGUUGAAUUUCGAGCACAGCCUGGACCCCAUAAGGGAAAGACAAAAGAGCGGGCGUACCUCAAAGAUGUGAGAACCGACAAAGCAAUACUAGACGCAUGGAUGUCCCGGCAGCGUACCGAGGCACAAGAGAAGAUGAAUGCAACUCGGAGAGCGCUACCGGCAUGGGCUAAGAAGGACUCCAUAAUGGAGGCGGUCAAUCGAGCUCAAGUCACCUUGAUAACAGGUGAGACCGGUUCGGGAAAGAGUACGCAAGCCAUUCAGUUCAUCCUGGACAAAGCCAUCCAAGACAUGAAAGGUGCUACCGCCAAUCUCAUAUGUACUCAACCAAGGCGGGUUGCUGCGCUGUCACUUUCUGAUCGGGUGAGUGCAGAACGAUGCACCAUCGAAGGAGACGAGGUGGGCUACAAUAUCAGAGGCGAUUCCAAGGUGUCCUCUAGGACUAAAAUCACAUUCAUGACCACUGGUGUCCUUCUGCGCAGACUGCAGAGCUCGACAGGUAUCCAAUCAGCCUUGUCCAACGUCAGCCAUGUCUUUGUGGACGAAGUGCAUGAGCGAUCACUGGAUACAGAUUUCCUGCUAGCACUCCUACGCGAUGCCAUGACAGCGCUUCCGCACCUCAAGAUCGUGCUGAUGAGUGCAACACUCAAUGCGGACACGUUUGCUGAAUAUUUCGGCGGCGAUCGUGUCGUAAGCAGAGUGCACAUCGAGGGGCGUACGUACCCGGUGCAAGACUUCUACCUUGACGAUGCUGUGCGGCUUGUCAACAAAGGAGGUCAGCAGCGUGCUGGUGACGAUGGAAGUCCGUCUCAACUGGAUGUCGGCAAGGCCAUCCAGAACUUGGGCAUGGGUAUCAGUUACCAGCUAAUCGCGUCUCUGGUGCACGUUAUUGACGAGGAACUGGGCGCUUCUACAGGAGCUAUCUUGAUCUUCAUGCCUGGAACAAUGGAGAUAGAUCGGUGCCUCAGGACACUGAGGGACUCUCCCAAGAUCCUCGGUCUACCGCUCCACGCUUCUCUCACACCUUCUGACCAACGCCUGGUAUUCAGACCAGCACCUCGCGGCAAGAGAAAAGUAGUGGUCGCCACCAAUGUUGCCGAGACGUCGAUCACGAUUGAAGAUAUCGUGGCGGUGAUCGACUCGGGGAAAGUCAAGGAGACACAUUACGACCCCACGUCCAACAUUGUUCGUCUCGAAGAAGUGUGGGCCUCGCAGGCCGCAUGUAAGCAACGCCGCGGUCGAGCUGGCAGAGUACAGGCGGGCAAAUGCUACAAGCUAUUUACCAAGAACGUCGAGGCCAACAUGGCGCCUGCAGCUGCGCCCGAGAUGCAUCGCACGCCGCUGGAGCAGCUUUGUCUCUCUGUGAAGGCCACCGGGUCGGAUCACAAUGUGGAAGAAUUUCUGGCGAGAACCAUCUCGCCGCCGGAUAGUCGUGCCGUUGCCACAGCGAUCAAGGUGCUACGACGGAUGGGAGCACUGGAGAACGACAGUCUGACCGGUCUGGGGACAUAUCUGGCCAUGAUCCCGGCCGACCUACGCUGCGCCAAACUACUGAUAUAUGGCGUACUAUUCGACUGUCUGGAGCCAUGUCUGACAAUCGCCGCGAUCCUGACGACAAAGAGUCCUUUCGUCUCUCCACGAGAGAAGCGUGACGAAGCGAGACAGGCGCGGACAUCUUCUUUCCCCGUCGCCGAUGGGGACCUGCUGCUUGAUAGCGCCGCGUUCGAGCAGUGGAAAGACGUCUCCUCGAAUCUCGGAUACAGAGAUGUCCAGGACUGGUGUUCGACCAAAUUCCUCUCCCAGCAAACACUGCGCGACAUCGACUCGACGAGACGGCAGCUGCUCGAUUCUUUGAUUGAAACGGGUCUUCUACCCGCCGGAUACCGGGGCGACUCGUCGUCGUCAUUGCACAACCAUAACAGACGUAACACGAUGCUAUUGCGUGCUCUCAUCGCAGGCGCAUUGAAUCCACAGAUCGCCCGCAUCCAGAUGCCGGAUAAGAAAUACAUCGCAUCAAUGACGGGCGCGAAGGAACUGGACCCGGAUGCCCGCACGAUCAAGUACUUCAACGAAGAGAACGGACGGGUAUUCGUGCAUCCCAGUAGCGUGCUCUUCGACGCCCAGAGCUUUUCUGGCGGAGCCGGGUUCGUGAGCUACUUCGCCAAAAUGGAGACGAGCAAAACUUUCAUCAGAGACCUCACCCCUUUGAAUGCGUACGCGUUGCUGCUCUUCGGCGGGCCUGUCGAGGUGCAGACCUCAGGUGCAGGCAUCUUGGUGGACGGAUGGCUGAAGUUGCGCGGAUGGGCCAGGAUUGGAGUGUUGGCCUCGAGAUUGCGGGCUUUGCUUGACGAUGAGUUGAGGAAGCACAUUGACUCGCCGAGCGCUGUGGCCGAUGAUGGGGGCCUCUUCAACAUUGUGAGGCACCUUGUUGAGUUGAAUGGUCAAGAUAAAUAG